ACGUCGACCGCGGAGCCAUUGUUGAUCUUCCGUCAUACCUUCGUGAGUCAAGACCUACGUUUCCUAGAAAGAAAAUAGAUCCAGGGGAUAUAGACUAGACAAUUGUCUAAAACCCUAUAAAAGAAGAAAGAAGAAGAAGAAGUCGUUUCCUUCUUCGUUCUACUAAAUCUCUCCUGAGACUAAUAAGCAGACACCAUGAAUCGCCUCUUUGGCCGCGGAAAGGGAAAGGAACCUCCUCCAAAUCUCACCGACUGCAUUGGCAAUGUUGACAGCAGAGCAGACUCCAUUGAGAAGAAGAUUGCAAGGCUAGAUGCAGAACUCAUCAAAUACAAGGAUCAGAUGAAGAAGAUGCGUGAAGGACCAGCCAAGAAUGCAGUCAAGCAAAAAGCCAUGCGUGUCCUUAAACAGAAGAAAAUGUAUGAACAACAGUCCACAAACCUGAGGAACCAGUCUUUCAACAUGGAGCAGGCCAAUUAUGCUACACAGACCCUCAAAGAUACUAAAACAACUGUCCAGGCGAUGAAGCUCGGUGUAAAGGAGAUGAAGAAGGAAUAUAAGAAUAUCAACAUUGAUGAGAUUGAAGACCUCCAGGAUGACAUGGCAGAUAUGUUGGAACAAGCUGAUGAAGUACAGGAGGCCUUGGGAAGAAGCUAUGGAUGCCCAGAAAUUGAUGAGGACGAAUUAGCCGCAGAAUUGGAUGCCCUAGGUGACGAAGUACUGCUCGAUGAUGACACCUCUUACCUGGAUGAUGCUGUCAACAUCCCCAGCGCCCCGGACAAGGAGCCUGGAGCAGAGACAGUGAAAGAUGGCAUGCCAGUGGACGAAUUCGGUCUACCACAGAUGACGUCGUAGAAGCCGGCCAGAAUUGGAACCCUGCCGGAAACCCCUUUUGUCGUUCUUCUCUGUACUCAUUCAUGUCCAUUCUUACUUGCAUCUUAAUUUCCACCAUCAAUACAUUAUGUGGUUCACAAGGGAUAGAAUUAUAUUGACAGCUAUCACCAACUUAACAAUAGAGAUGAACAAUUAAGUAAAAUAUAUAGAGAUUAUUAUUAGGGCUUAUACCAGUUCUGAAAUUAUUAUUAUUGAUUAAAUAUAUAUAGUUGAGGUGUAGUCCCAGUGAUCAACCUCUUUUGAGCCACUAUUUGCUUACCAGUGAGACAUGUCGUUACGUAAGAUUCGCUACUUAAUCAUUAUAUAUUCUUUAUAAAUGUCCUUUGUGGUGGGUACUCCGUUUUCUUUUCCAAAUAUGCAGGAAAUGCCUUAUAUUCUCCCUGUAUAACUUCUCUUUCCUUUCGUGUUUUCUUUUUAUCAAAUCUUUUCUUAUGGAAUAGAUCCGUUGUGACUUUUUCUUGUGAAUUUAGUUAUUAGUUUUCAUAAUUUUCAAAUAUGAUUAUCUCCUACUAGGAUAUUACAAAGACCUACUAUGUAAGGUAGACUUUUUAGGAAUAGUUUUGUGUAAAUCACAGAACUGUAAGUGUUUUUCUUUUUUUUUAUUGUUUGUUUUUGGCAUAGACAUUUAUUAAAGCAGAUUUCAUAUAUCACAAAUAUUUGAUUGAAAACAAAGUCCAUUUCUCUAAAUCGUAUUGUCAAUAUGUAUAGUUAUUUUCAGCAUACAAUAAACAUUUGUGUGUUC